GCUCCCAACCGGGGCAGGUGGUUGGGACAAUGGUAGCUUCCUUGGUGCUGCUGGUGGCCGUGGCGAUCACCGUCAGGGCUGUGCUGUUCCGCUCUUCGCUGGCGGGGUUCAUCUCGGAGCGAGUGGAGGUGGUGUCGCCCCUGAACUCCUGGAAGCGAGUCGUGGAAGGGCUAUCUUUGCUGGAUCUAGGAGUGUCCCCAUAUACAGGGAAUGUGUUCCAUGAAACUCCACUUAUUAUCUACCUGUUCCAUUUCCUUAUUGAUUAUGCAGAGUUUGUCUUUAUGGCAAUGGAUGUUAUAACUGCAGUUGCACUCUAUUUUGUUGCUGAGGAUUUCAACAAAGUUGUGUUUAGGAAACAGCGGCUUGCAUUUGAAUUCAAGAAAUAUGCUUCAGAUAUUAUCACACUUGUCAGGACUCCUAAAGAAAUGUAUCAUAUUCCUCUUAAGGUAGCACUGUUCUACCUCCUAAAUCCAUUCACUGUGCUCACCUGUGUGGCAAAAUCAACCUGUGCGAUCAACAAUGCAAUUGUUGCCAUUUUUAUUUUAGCCACCGUGAAAGGAAGUGCCUUCAUCAGUGCGAUAUUCUUGUCCUUGGCUGCAUACCAAUCUUUGUAUCCCGUGGCAUUGUUUGCCCCUGCAUUGCUGUACCUUGCACAGAAAAACCAUGUAAUAGUGAAUCUCCAUAGUACGGCUUUCCUGGCACUUUUGCUCAAGUAUGCAGUCAUGUUUAUCGGCUGUUUGCUGAUCAGCUUAUGCUUGUCGUUCUUCUUGCUGAGUUCGUGGAGUUUCAUUCCCUCUACAUAUGGCUUCAUUCUUUCUGUUCCAGACCUUACACCAAACAUUGGGCUAUUUUGGUACUUCUUUGCUGAGAUGUUUGAGCACUUUCGGCUAUUUUUCGUGUGUGUGUUUCAAAUCAACGUAUUCUUCUAUACUCUUCCAUUAUCUGUGAAAUUAAGAGAUCAUCCCAUGUUCUUCAUGUUCAUUCAGAUUGCAAUCAUUGCAAUUUUUAAGAGUUACCCGACUGUGGGUGACGUAGCACUGUAUAUGGCGUUCCUACCCAUGUGGAAUCACCUUUACCGAUUCCUUCGGAACAUCUUUGUGGUAUCGUGCAUGCUGAUCUCCUCAGCAGUGUUGUUCCCAGUUUUGUGGCAUCUCUGGAUCUAUUCUGGAAGUGCAAAUUCCAACUUCUACUAUGCCAUUACCUUGGCGUUUAAUGUUGGGCAGAUUCUGUUGGUUUCUGAUUAUUUCUACGCCUUCGUACGGAGAGAGUAUCAUCUUGUCAAGGGGCUUCAUUUAAAAUCCAAGGACGGGAAAGAGGCACACGUCAUUCUUUCUUAAAGGACCAUUAGCACCCACUUAUUAACACAAAAGUUCCUGAUGUUAUUUUCUAUGGAAGAUACUGUUGCUAAGGGCAUCGUUAACUGAUGUACCUAUUGUGGGGCAGCAACGGAUUGCAGGAUUCAAUCACUUAAAAUGUAUUUGUUUUUAAAAAGAGCUGAAAACACAGGAAGAUUUUUAAGCUCAGAUUGUGGUCAACAUGAAAUGUUAUAGAAUAUGGUUUUUUUUAAAGUUGUCCUUAAUUUUAUUUUCUAUUUCUGAACAACAAAGGGGCAUUUCACUGGAACAAUACCGGCCUGAGAACUCAGGUACUUCUGGCUCAAUGUUUGUACACGUUCCCUUUUGCAAUACGGUACCUGAUGGCGGGCCUCUAAGUACAAGGGCUCCCACAGAAUGUGAACACAUCUCCUUUUUCUCAGGUGUUUUCUAGUUUGAGUCACAAGGCAGGAACUUCCAACACUGCUAUCAAGGGGCUCAGGAAAACCAGUCUUAAUGGCUGAGUUACAUAAAUGCCAGGUGAAGGGUUGUCUUUUCUGUUGGGUGAAUGUAACAUCUGGUCAGCUGUUCAUCAUCAUGGGAAGUGGAGUUGGUCUUGCUGCAAAAACGUGCGUCUGUGUGUGUAUGUGUGCCGCCUCUGUCUGUAUGUGAUAAAUGGGAUAAAGUAUUAUUGUCAAUCAUUAACUGUACAAUACAUUCUCUUCCUUACAAUCUUGUGUUAUACCACACUCUGCUCUACAUCCCAAAAUGAUCAAAAGAUGCUAUUGAUAAAGUUGAUCAAAAGCC